AUGGAAGGGAUGUUUGAAUUAUCAGACCACGAACGUAAAACAACUACCAUUAGCAUACUAAGGUCUCUAAUGGAUGAAGAAGACAGCAUGCAAGAACAGACGGCGGCGUCUUUGGCGCUGAAGGGGUUAAUUCAUCAGUUCACCGCCAUCACCAGUGCAAGUGAAAGUGUAGGGAAACACAUGCUUGAAACCUACCACAAUAAUCUGGAGGUGGCAGUCGCUAUGUUUUUGGAUGGUGGAGGAAUGGCUGAGGAGCCCAGUACCAGUUCGGCAAGUGUCUCCACUGUCAGAUCUCACACAGACGAGGAAGUCCGUGCCUCAGUUUCCCAAAAGCGAGAAAUAUUGGUGGAACUAGAACCUUUGUUUGGUGUUCCUAAAAGACGACAGCCUGCACGUUCAAUAUUUGGUGGUUUCCGGGAUUUUCAAACUGAAACUAUUCGGCAAGAACAGGAAUUAAGAAAUGCAGGAACACUAGAUAUGAAACUAACUACCCUUGCGGAUCUCUUCUGGCCACCCAUUGAUUUGAUGCAUGAAGGCAGCUUAGAAACAGCCAAAGAGUGUGGCCAGAUGCAGAAUAAGUGGCUGAUGAUAAACAUUCAAAAUGUACAAGACUUUGCAUGCCAGUGCCUCAACCGGGAGGUACGGAGCAAGGAAGAUGUGGAGAAUAUUUUUCGGGAACAUUUCAUUUUCUGGCAGGUUUAUCACGACAGUGAGGAAAGUCAGAGAUACAUACAGUUUUAUAAGCUAGAGGAUUUACCCUAUGUUUCCAUCUUGGAUCCUGGGACAGGUCAGAAGCUAGUAGAGUGGUACCAGUUAGACCUAUCUUCUUUCUUGGACCAAGUAACGGGAUUUCUGUGUGAAAACGGGCAACUAGAUGGACUUUCUAGCAGUCCCCACAAAAAAUGUGCCUGUUCGGAGAGCCUUAUAGAUGCAGGUGAAGACAGCCAGUUAGAAGCUGCCAUCAGAGCCUCCUUGCAAGAGACGUUUGAUUACACACAGGCGAAACAGGAUAGCCGCUCAGAUGAAGAAUCUGAGUCUGAAUUUUUUUCUGGCAGUGAAGAGUUCAUAUCCGUUUGUGGCUCUGAUGAAGAGGAGGAGAUAGAGAAUCUUGCCAAGUCUGGAAAGUCUCCCCACAAAGAUUUGGGGCAUAGAAAAGAGGAGAACAGAAGGUCACUGGCUGAGCGCCCUGCCAGAACUGAGCCUGGAACAGCCACAAACCACCAAGAAUUGCCAGCCGUGGAUUCAGAAAUAUUGGAGAUGCCACCAGAAAAAUCAGAUGGAAUACUGGAGGGCAUUGAUGUAAAUGGACCAAAAGCACAGCUGAUGUUGCAGUAUCCAGAUGGAAAAAGAGAACAAAUCACUCUUCCAGAGCAAGCUAAACUACUAGCUUUGGUGAAGCAUGUCCAGUCUAAAGGAUAUCCACAUGAACGUUUUGAACUUCACGCCAACUUCCCUCGAAGGAAACUCUCUCAUCUGGGCUAUGAUAUUACGUUACAGGAGGCAGGUCUUUGUCCUCAAGAGACUGUCUUUGUACAGGAAAGAAAUUAA